AUGGUCUCCUCGCUUGCGGCCCAGCUGCAGAACAUUGCGUCGCUCGACGCCGACCGUCUCACCAACCGGUACGGCCAGCCGAGCGGCAAGUCCUACCUCUUCCCGGCCAACGUCGCCGCAACACACGAUCUCGAUGCCGUCCACGCUCUGGGUGUGUCGGGCUUCGACGAGCUGGUCCAGCUCGACGCCGGCAUGGGCGAGUUUGAGGAUGCUCUCUUUUCUGAAGCCGCCAAGCGUACCGACCGCAUGAUGCUCAAUGAAGAGGAGAACACGGCCCUGGAUGUCCAGCUCACCCGCUGCCUGAGGCGACUCGGCAAGUGGAUCGGUAUCAUGGCUGGCGGCAAGUGCAUCGAGUGGCUUGUCCGCCGAUUCCGUGUUCACGAGAUGAACGCCGACACCCUCCUCCAAGUGUUUCUUCCAUACCACGACUCGCAGAACUUUGCCCGCGUCCUUGCGAUCAUCUCACUCCCUUCUACCUCCCCUUACGCCGCCCCCUUUGCCGCUCUCACCAAGAAGGCCCAGCCCGUCCCACGCGAGUACAUUGUCACUGCCCUCUCGAGCGCUCGUGACCCCUCGCUCCACCUGUUGACCGACGUCGCGGGUUCGCUUGUCCGCGCUCUCGACGAGAACACCAUCCACCGCGCCCUCCUGGGUUUCUGGACUGCUACCUUGGUGGACCUCCUUGAGCGUUCGCGCACCACCCGCGUUGCCGAGGGUGUGGUCAAGGUCCUCGUCGAGGCGUUUGUUACCACUCUCUCGCGCACCAACACUGGUUCCGAGGUCAACGCCGCCGUCUACCCUCCCCUUGUCCUGCUGUCUCGCUCCGUGCGACUCGCCGACGGCCCCUUUGCCGCCGUGGUUGAGGCUCUCCUCACCCCCGCCACCGGCGCCAACCCUUCGCAGCGUGUCCUGACUCUUCUUGUUCUCCUCGACCAGCGCAAGGGAUGGCAAGGUCUCGGCGAAGACGCCCCCGCCCGUCUUGCCAAGAUUCCCCAGAUUGGCGAGCUCCUCGUCGCCGCGAUGGAAAAGUAUGGCUUCGAAGCUGCCCUCCAGACUGUCGUUGGUGCUCUUAUCGAGGAUGUCAACGUUUCGCAGGCCACCCUCGCCACCAUUGUCGACUACGCCGAGUUGCCCAGCUCGGUUGUGCAGCUCGCGGCUGCCAAGCUCCUGACCACCCCUUCCGAGGGCCACACCACCGCCCGUGCUCUGCUCAGCACUCUCCGCCAGCGCCACCCCUCAGUCAUUGACAGCGCUGUUCUUGACGCUUCGGCCACUCUCGACCCUGCCCUUGUCCAGUGGUCGUCCGCCGAGACUGCGUUUGUCGAUGUUCAUUCUGCCGACGUUGCUUCGCGCACUUCCGGUGUCAAGGAGAUGUACGCUGUGGCAGAGGAGGCUGGUUUGACUGCGGCCAACGCCGCUGCCCGCAUCGCCGAGGAUGACAAGCUCCGUUCGGCCCAGACUGCCAUUCUCGCCCGUCUCCGCGACACCGAUGAGCCCGUUCUCAAGGCCAUUUACGCCAAGCCUGAGCUUCUCCUUGCGCUCCUCACUGGUGCCGACUAUGUUGAUGCCGUUACUGCCGCGUUCGUUGCCACCAAGCCUGAGCGCACCGCCCUCGGCCUCCACCUUGGCUUUAUUGCCAACUCGUACCUGCCCGCCCACGUCGAGGCAAAGCGUCAGUGGCCCCUCGUUACCCGCGCCUCGCGCCUUUUGGUUCGCGUCAACGGCGAUAUUCCCCUCAACGCGACCAAGGACCAGCUUGUCAAGUUCAACCAGGACGUCAUCAAGAACCUCGCCGGUGCCAUCUCGGCCUGUGGCGAUAUUGGCGCCCGUGUCGAUGUCCUGGUCGCCGCGUUGUCGUCGCCCAUGGCCGGUGCCCGCCUCCUCGCUACUCUGGCCCUCGCUCAGCUGGUCUCGGCUGCCGGUGGUUACCAGCAUGUGGUGGCUGCGCGCUCCCUUGCCGCCUUGGACACUUACCUUGCCGGCAAGCCCCUCCGCGACGUUGACCAGAUCGAGUCUCCUCUUUCGGACGAGCUUAUCAAGAGCGUUGUGUCCAAGCCCUCCAACUCCAAGACUCUCCAGCGUGCAUACCUCGCGCUCCUGACCUCGGCAGCCAGUGUCCAGCCCUCGCCCAACACCAGCAUCACUUGGCUGAGCGACGUCUCGGCCACUGAGCGCCAGGUUCGUGACGUCACUCAUGCGCUGUACGCCUGGGCCAACUCGAUCAACCUUUCUGGUGUUGUCGCCAAGCACCUGCUGCAUGCCGUCUUUGGCCAGCUGGGCGAGGAAGUUCUUCUCUUUCUCGCUGCCGUUUGGACUGGUGCUGCUGACAGCGCGCUCCGCGUUGCUGCCCUCCGUCACGCUACCGCCUUCGUCAAGGCAUACACUGGCGGUGCCAAGCCCACCGAUUUCCAGCUUGCCAUCCCUGCGGCUCUCAUUGCGCUCCAGGACUCAGCCAAGCCCGUUCGCCAGGCUGGCGCUGAUCUUCUGAGUGCUAUCGCUGCCGCUCCCCUUUCGGCCAGCGCAGACAUUUACGCCCUCGAGAACAUUUACGGCUCGCGGUCCGACCUCGUUCAGCUCCUCAAGCCCUCAGACCUCACCAAGUACCUCGAAGUGCUUACCAGCAGCCUCGACGACAUGGUUGUCGAUGCUGGCCGUCUCGCUCUUGUCCACGGCAAGGCGCUCGAGGUCCAGCACAAGGGCGGCAAGGACACCAGCCACCGCCGCGAUGUCGUCGACUGGCUCAUGUCCCACGUUUUGGGUUGGCGCGCCGAGUCGGCCCGCCGCUCGCUGCUGUCGUCGCUCACCCGCGCCACCAACGUGUCCCGCCUUCACGACUCCCUCCCUCUGCUCACUCCCCUUCUCGACGCCAGCAAGGACGAGGCCGCGUGGCUGGGUCGUCUCUCGGUUUCGGGCCGUGACGAGUACCUCGACCUCGUGUUUGACGCCUUUGCCGCUCGCCACGCGUCGGUCGUCACUGAGACGGAUUCGGAGAUGUGGGCACUUCUGCUUCGCCUCGUCGACCAGAGCGCCGGUGUUGGCCUCCAGCUCCGUGCUCUCUCGCUUCAGCGCAUGGCGGACGGUCUGUUUGGUGCCCUUCGUGCCGCCCAAAAGGCCGAGUAUGUCGUUGCCCUCAUUCACUCCCUCAAGGACCUCCCUACUACCGACGACAACCUCUCCUCCAAGGCUGUCCUCGCCAAGCUCAACCUCAGCGCCGCUGAGAUCAUGGUCGUUCUCGGCACUCUUCUCCAGCCCCUCGACUCGCCCGUGCACCGCAAGAAGGUCAAGCACGGCGACAACGAAGAGGACGACAAGACCGAGCAGGCUGUUGCGAGCCUUACCGUCUUCGUCGAGUCGCGCGACUGGAAGGCGCUCCGUGGCGAUGCUCCGCUCGUGGCUACGCUUAUGGGUGUGCUCUCGUCGGUUCUCACUAAGAGGCAGGCUAUCAAGGAAGGCGUCGACUACCUCGAGCAGGAGGUUUUGGGUGCCAUCUUGGCCCAGCUCGAGCAGAUUACCGACGCCGACGCCAUCUCGCGCGCCCACGUCGGUCUCGAGGUCAUUGUCAAGGUCAUUCGCGCCAGCAUGAACCCGCGUACCUCGCAGCGCGCUCUCUUGGCUGCCUCUGAGCUUGCCCGUCUCGUCCCUGACGCGGUUCUGCACAACGUCAUGCCCAUCUUUACGUUUAUGGGUUCGUCAGACCUGCAGCGCGACGACGCCUUCUCGUUUGGUGUUGUCGAAAAGACCAUUGCUCGUAUUGUGCCCGUCAUGACCAAGUCGCUCAAGGACAAGGCUACCACCAAGCUCGAGCUCUACCUCGAAUCGCGUACCUUCCUGUCCAUCUUCACCGACAUGGCCGCCCGCCUUCCCAAGCACCGCACGUUGCCUUUCUUUGUCCACCUCGUCAAGUCGCUCGGCGCCGACGACUUCCUCGCUCCCGUGUGCAUGCUCCUUGCCGACCGUAGCAAGGGCAAGAACGCCACCCUCGAGUUGCCCCUUGGCCUGGCCGCUACGUUCUCGGCUGCUACCCGUACCGACACCCUCGCCGAGGUUGUCUCCGAGGCUGCCCGCGAGAUUGCCGGCGACGAGGACACCCUCCUUCCCGAGGGCCGUCCCAGCGUCUUGCUUUUGCUUGGUGCUGGCCUCGCCAAACAGCUUGUCGGCAAGGUGUGCCCCCAGCCUGUUGUCCUCGCCCUCGUUCGCGAGCUCAUCAGCCUCUCGUCCACUGUCGACGAGGAGGUCGCCGAGCCCCUCGAGUCCGCACUCACCGGUGCCAUGCAGCUGCUGUCCGUCGCAAGCUUCCUCGAGAUCACUGCCAAUGUUCUUGAAACUGCCGGCGACGACGUUGCACGUACCCUCAACCUUUUCACUUCGCGUCUGGCCCUCAUCAAGCCCGAGCUCCGUGCCAAGUCGUCGGUCGCCAUGGCUACCAUUAUCAAGCGCACUGCUGCCCUCCUCUCGACCUCUGCUGCCGUUCCCGCCCUUGCUGCUCUCGAAAAGGUUGUUGCUACCGCCCUCCCCUCGGAGGACUCGGCUCUGGCAGGUAUUAUGCCCACGGUUGUGGCUGCCACCAAGGGCGACAGCGCUGCCUCCACCCUUGCGCUCGUUGCUGCCCUUGUCCGUCGUCUCGGUCCCCGUGGUAUCCCCUUCAUCCAGAUGGUCCUCGACACUUGCCUUGCUCUCGCCCGUGCGCCUCCCACCGCCGCCGCCUCGACUGCCGCAUUCAGCACCAUUGCUGCCCUGGUCGAGACCGUCCCCACCUUUGUCAGCGCCAAGCAGCUUGUCGCUCUCCUGGGCGCCGUCGCCGCCCACCGCGCCGACGACCAGAGCGCAUCGGCCAACCUCAUUGCCGCCAUUGCCAAGCGUAUCCCCACCAAGACGCUUAUUCCUGUCGUCAUGGACCUGUGGAAGAACAUCAAGGGUUCGGCCCAGGCUCCCACCGAGGCAUUCUUUGCGCUCCUCAAGCACGCUCUCCGCCACGCCGACCGCAAGGCUCUUCCUGGUCUUACGAAGCAGCUGUUCGCCUUCUUCCUGGACGUUUUCGACGUGCGCCACGGAAGCACGCUUGCUGCCGACACUCUCGAGGUGCUCGAGCGCUCAGCCAUCAACUCGUUCCUCGAGCUCGUCACCAAGCUCUCGGACACGGCGUUCAAGCCCCUUUUCGGUCGUCUGUACGACUGGGCCGUUGUCGACCUCCCCCUCCCGGCCAACGACGCGCACGUUGUCGCGCGCCGUAUCGUUCUUCUCCGCGUCAUGGACGGCCUCCUCGACAAGUUCCGCAACCUCCUUACGCCGUACAUGGGCACCCUCCUGCCUCUUGUCGACGAGCUGUUGGCCGCCUACUCGGCGAACGAGGUCACGGACUCGACUCUGUGGACCAUCCUCCUCUCCCUGCUGGCCAAGAGCUUCGACGUCGACGAGGGCGCGUACUGGACCGACGCGGCCUUCCUCAAGCUCCUCCCUGCCCUCGUCUCGCAGCUCGGUGUGUUCCCCGACCUCGCGUCCGCGCCCGACUCGCCCCCCGCUGCCACCCUCGCUGCUCUGGCGGCGGCCACAGCUUCGGAGACGACACUGAAGAAGGUCAACACGGCCAUCUGUCUCGCUACCCGCGCCGACGAGCCCAAGGCGCGCAUGGGCGCCCUCCGUGCCCUCGACUCUGCAUGGGAGAGGCAUGCCGACGAGCUCAUCCAGUUCGUUCCCGAGACCGUCGCCGAGUUCCUCGCCGAGUUGCUCGAGGACGAGAAUGCCGAGGUCGAGGGACUGGCGCGCAAGGUCCUUACGCGUAUUGAGGGAGUCACCGGUUCGCUCAAGGAGUACCUCGAGUAG